CACACACACACACACACCCACGCACACACCCACGCACACACCCACGCCGCCUUUCGCAUUUGCUGCCAUCCGGCAUUUUCCAUCGCCAACAUCGCGCACGCGCACGCCCACUUGCCCGGGCCAGCCAAGCUGAUAUUGGUUUUGCGAAAUUGCUACUCCAGUCUUCAAGACCCAUAAUUGUCGCGCCCCGGCGAAACCCACGGGCCAACGUCAGGCAGUCGGGCGGUCAGGAAGUCAGUAUUGCCUCCUUCCUUCCGUCGCAGCCGCCUCCCGCUCUCUCGAGGUCCGACCUGCAGUUUUCUCUUCACCCCCGACCUCAGGUGCCCCUGCCCCCGAGAACGCCUCACCACCGCCCAGGUGACCCUAAUCCCAGAGUCACAAUAGCAUCGCCUCGUCUCGUCGCAGCCCACCAGAACCUGCAACGCCCUUGUCACCCUGCGCAUUGGGAGCCACAGUACGAGCGCAGCCCGAGACUAACUGAGUGCACGGUCGACGAGAAGUCAUCCACAGCCAGCCAGUCCACGCCGAAUCUGACUUCUGAGUCGAGAGCCCGGUCGAGCUCCCCCAGCCAAGGGGCGCCCGAGGAAAUCUCAAAAAGGGCCCUUCCCUUAUAACCGCCCGUCUCACCACCCACGGCUACGGGCUACCACAGCACACAGUACAUUGCUUCACACCCAGCCCGUUCGCCGACCUCGUCUGGGAACCAGUCUGCCCACUUCAACAUCGCUCAGCCCAGUGAAUGGAAUAAGUGGACUUUUCCCAUCUGUGCUGCACUGCUGUUCUGGACGAGACCCGGCCUCUUCCUCCCCCCCCCCCCUUCUGGAGGGAGCCCCAACAACCCAGCCAAGCAAACAACCGAAGUUGGCUUGCGAAUUGGCCUCGACCUCUGCAAGCAAUCCUACAACGCCAGGACUCCCGACCACUUGCUUUGCCCCAUCCACUAGGCGGCCACUCCCCGCAGGCCAGGGCCCCGCUCGACCCGCCGUUUGCUCUGCAGCGCCGCAGACCUGCAAGUGGAAGCGCCAUCCGAUACGGAGUACAGAGGCAGACAAAGGCCCCAACUGCGCCGCCACCCUUGCUUGAUUGGAAGAACCGUGUAUACAGCCCUCCUGAAAGCCUGUACCUCCGUACUAGUAUCACCUGCACUGGGGACAACUCACUGGCUUGCGGCUGCCCAACUGCUCGCUAUUUUGCCUAACAACCCCCGGUCACACCUGACUGACUGACUGACGGACGGGCUGAUAGCAAGGGAGAAGACCGGCAGGAUCAAGCCAGGCAGCCCAGGCUGGGUUUGGAUCGUCCUAUUAGUCUUCCUGCCUCUCAGUCAUCCCGCCUCGCACGCAGCCGUGAGCCGGCUGCACUGUCCCAGCCCAACCAAGUCCAGCCCUCGAUUGGACUGGCGGCAAAGCGAUCCGUCGUCAUUGUCGCAGUUUUCUGCCCGUGCACAUUUCGUUUCCAACCCAACUCAACUGAAAUGUUUACGUCUCCUGCACCUGCGGCACUGACCGGUUCUGUUCCCUUGGCAGCCUCGCCUCCAUCCAUCUCUGCCUCCGCCUCGACAUAUCAUCAAUCCGGGUCGACUUCCAGGACAAGAAGGGGCCUGAGUUAUCUCCGCAACUACACCCAUCAGCACCUGCUCUCGAGGGAUCACAGCGGCUCCUCCUCCUCCUCCACCAACGCAAACACCUCCGCAGACUCUUCCUCCCGGCCCCGGCCCGACCUCACGCGAUCGACCUCUCACACUCCUAGGACCUCCAACACGACCAACAACAACAUCUCGGCCCCCGACGACUUCACGGCCAACUCGCGCCGUUUCACGCUAGUGCCUACUCUGUCCCACCCCUUAGGCCCAUCGUCGAGGUCCACUCCUGACGACCUAGACCUAGCCGACGAGCCCGCUGCUGUGCAAUCCGACUCAAUAGGGGCGCCUCCCCCGGGCACUGCUGUCACCACAUCAGCAGAGCCAAACUCACAACCCCGUCGCAGCAUGACGCGGUCGAGAGCCGCGACCACAGGCAGUGCAAUGGCUUCCUCAACCAACGAUACCGCCGAGUCUGGCAACCCCAGCGGCGUUCUGCCCUCAAUCCGCUUUUCCGUCUUCGUCGACCCUCGGAGCCAACGACCGUCCCUGCACUUCUCCCCGAUAGCCCGCACGCUGCCGAGCGGGUCUGAGAUCAUCCGCGUCGGUCGCUAUUCCGAGCGAGACAGCCAGCCAGCCGUGCCGGCAAACGUGCCGUCGGCCGCUCCGGUCGGCUUCAAGUCCAAGGUCGUAAGCCGCCGCCACUGCGAGUUCUGGUAUGAGGAUGGCAAAUGGUUCAUCAAGGAUGUUAAGAGCAGCAGUGGCACGUUCCUAAAUCAUAUACGACUCAGCCCGCCCGGCCAGGAAUCCAAGCCUUUCCCGGUCAACGAUGGGGAUGUGGUGCAGCUGGGCAUCGACUUUAAGGGAGGCGAGGAGAUGAUCUUCCGCUGCGUAAAGAUGCGGCUGGAGUUGAAUCGCGGCUGGCAGAACAAGCUGAACAAGUUCAAUAUGAACUCGCACAAGCGCCUGUGGAAUAUGACCAAGACUGAGGGGGCAGGCGGCCAGAACUAUUCCCAGGACUGCUCUAUCUGUUUGAACUCGAUUGCUCCUUGCCAGUGUCUUUUCGUGGCGCCCUGCUCUCACACAUGGCAUUUCAAAUGCAUCCGCAGUCUUCUGUCGUCGCCGCACUACCCGAUCUUCAUCUGUCCAAACUGCCGCGCAGCUGCGGAUCUUGAGGCUGAGGUGGAGGACCCCGAAGAUUGGGAACAGCUCGAGGACGAGGCUGAAGGCCAGGAUGCCGAAGAUCCAGAGGGCAGCCGCUCGAAGGGUCCUCGCCUGGACCCUGCUCCUGUAGACGUGCCGAGACAGUCUGUGGACAGGAUAAGGACAUCGCUCGAGCGCGCGCGAGCCACUGCUGCUGAACGAGCGAGGACUUCAAUCGAGCGGUCACGAUCACGAACAAACGUAUCGGCAGCGAUCGCAUCGGCAAACGAGACCCCAGAAGCCGCGAUGGCCACUGCUGAUAAUGCCGCCUCCGCCGAGGCAGCUAUGAGUGAUGGUGGGGCCAGCACGCCGUCGACGACGUCAUCUCGACCCAGCGGCGAGGCUUCGCACGCAACCUCUGACCCGGUGCCUAUCAACGGCCGCCGAACUCCCAGCCCGAAUAGUAUCGGUAACCAUGUGACCAACGGACACGAGGGGCCCAUCACACCGAGGAAUGAUGCGGGCCCAUGGGUGUUUGACGGGAGCGGGGCGCGGAUUGGCGUCGCUCCCACCGCUCCCGCCGCUCCCGUUGCUGGAGCCAGACAGAGUCUGAACGGGGUGGUUGAUACGGAGAUGGAGGACUGAUACCCGACAAACCCUACUUUAAUACCUGGAGGAACAAACAAGUCACGCCAGAGACCUAUCCAACAACUGGACACAAGCACAUAAACAAUACUUUGCACCGAGACGCGGGACCAUGACGGCAGAUUGCAUAAGUGGAGCUAUAGGUGCGGAAAUGGUGCAGAUAUCAGCAGCGAGCAUGGUUUUGUCCUUCCCCUUGAUUUUUUCCUCGACCCCUCCCACAUAUCUCGCCUCGUCGUUGCAUCACGUCUGCUGCAUGGUUGUCGGGACCUCACCGGCUGGAUUUUAGGGCGAGGACGGGAUAUGGUCCGGCUUUUUGUUAUUUAUUAAUAUCGAAUUGGCAUUUCCAAAGCACAAGCUUUGCCCCUGUGUGUGCGCGACGAGGCCACAGCGUGUGUAUCGCUCACUGCAGUAGCUACCUAGGUACUGUGUGAUGAGCCUGCUAUGGAGUACCCACUAACAGGACGAUCUAUCUGCCACCUGAUUGAUAGACUCGUACAUCAUAAUACCUCGUCGAAGACUUUCUUGCAAGAUAGCCUUCAUCAAGGAGAAUUCCACUAGACAGUCUCAUAUGGGACUACCAAAUAGAAGGUCAGUCAGCCACAUGGACACCGCCAUGACCUUUCGCAUUUCUCUGGUGUUGCGGCUGUGUCACUGCAAAGGUACAUGUGAUUCUUAUCCCGGAAGAAUUACUGCAUGGUACGAGCAGUUGC